AUGGCAGAUUCUCAAGAAUCUUUUACCACUUUUACCACUUUAACGAUAAAAAUGCCUGAAAUACCCGAAGUAAGAUGCGAUUGUGGAAAUACACUUUAUAGGAUGGUUUCAAACACCUAUAGAAAUCCAAACCGAGCAUUUUAUAAAUGUGAUGAUUGUAAAUUCUGGGAAUGGGAAGAUGAAUUAGCAAAAACUAGUAAAGCACUCAGAGAUACCAAAAGUUUAAUUUCUACAAGUAGAGAAAUGCCCAAUUUAAUGACAAGUCAAAAAUUAACUCAAAACUUAACCAAUGGACAUUUCACUAAUUUAGACGAAGAUAUUUUUCAAGAGAGUAGAGCACCACCUAUUCCUACUUUAAUAACGAGCCAAAAUGCACCACAAAAAAACCUAGUUAAUCCUAUAAAUUUUGGGGACACUAUUGGUAGUUCAUCCGGAAAUAAUGCAGUUCUCACUACGUCAUCUACUUCGAAAUUAAAUUUGACUAUAGGAUCUUUAGAAAAAGAAAAUUUAAAUCUUAAUGAACAAUUAAAUAAAUUGAAUGAUGAGAGAAAUAGUGGUUCUCGUCUAGAAACCGGAUCUGAUGAGUAUAAAAAAAUGUUAAUAUUAGAACGAGAAAAUUUAGAUCUUAAAAAACAACUAAAUGAAAUUAAACAAGAAAAUUCACAACUUAAGAACGGGGCUCAGCUGGAGGAAUCUGUGUCUCCUCGGGAUGUAAAUCCAUGGAUAUGUGAGAUAAUACUUAACAAUCAUAUUUUAGGAUAUGGUUUUGGUGCUGCUUCUCUGCUUUUGUGCGAGUCAUUGAGCGCUCAACCUAAAAAUGAAAAAUUCCAGAAAAAAAUCGAAUUUACUCGUCUUGCCUCAACAUUGAUAACAAACACUUAUCAACGUCGAUUUAUUCAAUUUGUUCUUUUUGUGACAUUCCAAUCCUUGGUUAUUUCAUCAAUUAUAAUAUCUGCUCAAACUAUGGAUUCUUUAACUAUUUCAAUGUUUGGAAAAACUUGUGGAAUUGGAAUUUAUCCAACAAAAGGUUUUUUUUGCGUAUCAGAACAAAGUGGUACUGGAAGUCCUUUCGGUAAUAGUUAUAUGCUUUUAACUUCCGGUUACUUGAUUACUCUAGUAGCUGUUGUUCCUCUAGGAGUUAUGGAGCUUGUUGAUAAUAUUAAAGUACAAAUUGCUUCUUUCAUUAUGUUAAUCUUUAUAAUUGCCACUUGGAUUGUCACAUUCAUUGUUCAUGGACUUCAAAGCAAUCUUGUACCAUUUGUUGGUAAUGAUCAAAGUCAAGUAGUUGGAACUGUUUUAUAUAAUUAUGUGUUUGUAACUACUGUACCAAGUUGGGUAAAUGAGGCUUCAAAUGUUCCAAUCCGUAAAGCUGUAUGGUACUCUGUUUUUAUAUCCACUAUUGCGUAUAUUUCACUGGGAGUUUUUGGAGGAAUGUCAUAUACAAUGAAUACAACAUCAAACAUUAUUGCUGUAAUUAACAAAUCUAAUGAACGUACUGUGAUUAGUCUUAUUACAACAUACUUAUUUCCUGUAGCAGCAUUGAUAACAAGUGUUCCAGUAUACACAAUUAUUGUGCGUCUUAAUUUGGUGAAUCAUAAUAAUUACAGUAAAAGAUUUUGGCUUAAUUCAUUUAUGAAUUGGACAAGUUUAAUAUUCUCAACUAUUAGCAAUUUUAUUCUUCCAUUUUGGUUGUAUUAUUUAACCAAAACUCAAAAACAUGUUAAAAAUGAUGAUGACUUGGUUAAAUCAGGAAUAUCAACUCCUAUAAAACUCGAACGAAAUCAAUCAACAAUUUCUGAUAUUAUUUCAAUUAAAAGCAUACGGUUAACUGAUGAACAUCCAUUUCCAAUUGUUAUUAGUCCACCAUCUCCAGGUCUUUGGCCAAUUGAUAAUAAUAGUUGUGAUAGCAUUCAUCAUCUUUCUCCACAUUCGCCAACACCAAGUUCUCCAAGACGUAGACGUUCUCGCUCACCAAGUAGAUCACGUAGUCUUUCAAGAAGUAGUUCUAAAGUUGGCAUUGAUAGUAUCGAAGUACAUCAAGUACAUUUCCCUGAAAAUCAUAUUGAUGUUAUUGUAAUCAAUACAGAUGCAUUAUCUAAUCAUCAAAAAUUAACUGAUUCGCCAACAUUUUUAAAUGUUCCGUUACCUCAACUUGACACUGGAAAUGAAAAUCGUGAUCGUGACUUAUCCUGUUUACCACCAGGUCACACUACUUCAGUAGCAACUGAAUCUGAUACUAGAGGAUAUUUAUCAGCACCACCAUCUCUGGUUGCUCGUACCACUUUUAGUCGUCGAAAAUCUCCAUCUCGACCAACGAUUGUGACAACACCUACAAUUACAAUUAAUGAUGAAUCAUGUGAUAACGAUUUAAAUGAUAAUUUACAACAUAAUUUAUCAAUUCACUCUUGUCAUUCUAGUGUAACAUGUCCACCAUCGCCUGUAUCUGCAUAUGAAGAAAAAAUGAGUUCAAGCUUUAAUGAAUCUGAGCGUGUUGUAUAUGCUGAAACAUUUAAAGCUUUUCCAAUCUUAACACCAAAACAUGGGAUUUGGAUUGCAAAAUUUGGUGGAACAUUGGCUAUUUUAAUGGCUUUUGGAGUUCUUACCUAUGACUUUUGA